CGGCGCUGCGCCGGCGGAGUUCUGUUAGUGCUCCAGGUACUGUUGCGGCUCUCUCUAUCUCAGAAAACCUUAGAGACAGGGAUACGCCUCCUCCGCAGCGCUUACGCCUCAGCCCACACACGCGCUAUGCCCAAACGGGCCGGCGUGUUAGGCAGCAGCCUGCGGUGGGCUGAGUCCGCCUGGUUUCUAAUCCGCCGCAUUCUGGCUGCUUUUCUUGUCUUCUCAUCCCUCGACGCUCGUCUCUCAGCAUAUUCCAGCGGCCUCUCGCGGUGUACACAUACAGAUAGAGAGCCUGUCGUCUCUUUUCCCUCGUCACUUUUGUUUGUACUCGCUGCUCUUCGUACCGCUGCUCGUGCCCUGCACUCCUCUUCUCUCGCACACGCCCCCCGGCUCUCCGCUUUCCAUUCCACUCCCUCGAGUGUCUCGGGUCCUCUCUUGGCUACCCUCCCCCCGUUUGUGCCGGAGUCCUUGCGUUCAUAUAUCCAAUUUACGCCCCGUCUUCCGUCGAGGCUUUUUUUUUCGCAACUCUCCGCCUGCUUCGCAUCUCUCCUUUCUCAUCAGAUCUCAUCUCGAGACGUUUAUUGCUCCUGCUCCCGGCAUCCUUACGAGCACAGCCUACUCUCAGCGAACAUCGCCUCCAAUCAACGAAAUACAAUUGGGCCUGUUCCUACUCGAGAUUGAUCGUCUGGACCACCGUCUGCUUUCCAUUGACAGCCGCCACUGGUUCGCUUGCCCGUCCAGCAUUGUGGAUUCCGACCGCCCAUUCACAUUGAGCCUACUAAUUGGUACGG